CAGCCUAAGGAGGAACAUCCAGGAAGUUUGCGGAAGUAGACCAGAUUAGUCAAGUUAGGAAAAAUUAACCGCAAAGUGCCCCUAAUCGUCGCACAAAAAUAUGAUGUUGAUUUUUGCGUUGGUGGGUUAUUUAAACUGGGAUUACGUUUUCUAGGCAAAUGUAACUUUAAUCUAACUUUUGAUGUUUCUACUCCACUGUGAAAAUUGGAGAAAAGUUUUAAAUAUAACUACGGUUGUUAGCGGUAACAGUUGCUAAUUACAGCUCUUAUUGUGAAAGAAGCAACCAGAAUCGGUGCUAGUCCGCCUUGUAAGCUUUAAACAGGGUCAAUGUUUGUACCCUAAGUAGUCUUCCUCUUGUCGCAUCUGCGAUUGAAACGAAAUCUAUCUACUGCUCCCUGGUUUACUUUCUGAAUGGACGGUACAUGGAACCGAACCGAACAGGUCCCGACCGGGCCGUGCCGAGAAACGAAAGACAGCAGCACCCAGACUGAUAGCAAGAUACAAGGUCACGACCCCAGGUUGUCAAAGGUGAACAUGUUUACCUUGUUGAGCUUGUGGAUGGAGGUAUUCCCUCGGGAUCAACCUGAGGACAGUGAACGCAGUCAGAUCCGUGGGACUGGUUUGGUGGUGGUGCAUCAAGGGAAAAUCUUGGGACUCCACUGUUCUGGAGUCGACCUUCACGCAGCACAAGCAGCCAUCAUUCAGCACGGUGCAAAACUGGCCGGCUGUCAGCUCUACUUCUCCAGGAGACCUUGUGCCACUUGCCUUAAGAUGAUCAUAAAUGCUGGAGUCAGUCAGAUCUCCUUUUGGCCCGGGGAUCCGGAGAUCAGCAUGCUGACCCAAACAAGCGCCAGCAGCACGUCGCUCUCUGUGACAGAAGACGUUGUCCUGGAUGCAGUUGCAGUAGAGAAGCUGAAGUCCAACAGCCGUCCUCACAUCUGCGUGCUACUUCAGCCGCUGGCGCCUGGUCUGCUGCAGUUUGUUGAGGAGACGUCCAGGGAGAGCGAUUUCAUGAAGAGGAUGGCCGAGGAUGACCCAGGAAUGAACGAACAGGACCUGUUCAACAGACAACGUCUAAGACACUUCAGAGAAUUUUCCAGACAGUUCUUGGUUGGAACAUCUCAGCAGCACAAGGAGAUUUUGAUCCAAAUGGGCCUGGAGAACCUCUGUGUGGAGCCCUACUUCUCCAACCUGAGGAACAACAUGGCGGCGCUGGUGGAGGUUCUGGCUGCUGUGGCUGCAGCGCUCCCUCAAAACCAAUAUGGUUUCUACAGGGAAAACUGUGGAACUACGCCUCCUCAUCCAGGGGCCGUGUCUCAGGAGGUGGCUCGCCACUGCAUCAUCCAGGCCAGGCUACUGGCAUACAGGACAGAGGAUCCAAAAGUGGGAGUGGGUGCCGUUAUCUGGGCAAGAGGGCGGUCGGCUGGCUGUCGAGGAACAGGCUGCCUGGAUUUGGUGGGUUGCGGGUACAACGCCUACCCUGCAGGCUCCRAGUACGCAGAGUACCCCCAAAUGGACUGUACACAGGAGGACCGUCAGAGACGCAAAUACAGAUAUAUCAUCCACGCAGAACAGAACGCCCUCACCUUCAGGACGCGAGACGUCAAACCAGAGGAGCUAACCAUGAUGUUUCUGACCAAAUGUCCAUGUGACGAGUGUAUCCCUUUGAUAAGAGGGGCCGGAAUCACACACCUCUACACCUCGGACCAGGACAGGGACAAAGACAAGGGGGACAUUUCCUACCUGAGAUUUAGCACCCUGGAGGACAUCAGCAAGUUUGUUUGGCAAAGGAGCCCUUCUAUUCCUCCUGAACCGUCUUCUCAUGUCGCAAAUGGUUGUAUUCGGAAGCACAGCCGGCAGACUGAGCAGGAGUACGGAAAUAAGAAGCUGUGCACCGAGAACACCAAGAGUUUGCCUUCUGGCAGCUGAACGUUAGUCAGUAAAGGACAGACUAGCCUGUUCAUGAGCUCAACGCCACAGACGUUAUACAAGGGGUGAAUAAUUUGCUGAUGGUAAAAUGUGCACCACUACAAAAAGUAUUUCCUCCUUUACAGAUUUCAUGUUUUUUGCUUUUUUUGUCACACUUCGAUGUUUCAGAUUAUAUCAAGCAAAGAUAACGUCUACCACCACCACGUUUUUUUCUCGUCAGCCCACAAAAUAUUUUCUCCAAAUGUCAAAUAUUUUUACUUAUUUACUUAGAUUAUUAUUGUCCAACGUUAAAUGCUUCAGUUAAAAAUUUUCAGUUUGUCAAGAAAACAAAAACAAAAGAAACCUGUAAGGGGGCAGAUGUACGAACAAUUUAACAAUUUAUUUGAACAUCUGGGACAAUGUAGUAACCUCAGCAACAAGAAGAGUUAGAGAGUCAUAUGUGUAAGUAGUAACAAAGUGAAAUUGUUUUAUAUUUCCACAUGAGAGGACUAAGUGGUUGAGAGUGAGACUUGUUGACAGAGACUUGACGAAAAUUUAAAGGAAUGCAAAUUGCGCUAUUUCAAGAUGUUUUUAUUUGACAGUUUACUACAGAAUAUCUAAACAUUAAGUUUAUUUUCCGUUUUAAUCCCUUGCUAUGUGUAUUUUUGUCUGUGGUUCAGACAAAGAAGCUCAGUGUUGCCCGGGUAAACAGAUGUGACUUUCAAAGUUUGAAGACACCUGUGACCAGGUUUUGGAUCUGAAAAGAUAAAAAAGCUUUGUGAAACCAAAAUGCUACUUUGAUAUGUAAAGAAAAAAUUGUAAAGAUAAGGAUUUCAUUGUGAUUUCUUUGAACCUUUUUGCCUUUUAGUUUACAGCUUGUAAAAUUAUGUCUCAGUACAAAAAAGUUAAAUUUGUUCAAAAUGUAAAACUCAUUCUGUUGGUUAAAGAUUUCAAGCAUUUAUCUCUUUUUAUCUCCCUUUCUUUAUUUUGAUAACUGUGGUUUACGGUUAAUGAAAACCCAAAAUUCACUUUCUCCCAAAAUUAGUCCUCAGGUUUAAUCCCCGACCCCUGAUUGUCUUCCACUUCUCUUUCUGCUCACCUUCCUGUUACACAGGUAAUGAAAAUAAAGAAUUUUUUUUAUUUCUAUUUAUGCAGUAAGCUUACCACAAUUAUCUUUUCUGAUAAGCCACAAGUCAUUGUUGUGCAUUCUAUAACAUUUAAAAUAAAUUGUUAAAUUAUUUGAAAUGUGUAAUUUGAAUUUUAGGUUUUCUUCAGCUGUAACUCACAAACAGUGACGGUUUCUGAUACAGGCGACAUAUCAGAAGGAGGCAGACCUAGCAGGCUCGGUCCACUUCUGAUCACUAAUAAAAGAAAUAAAUGCUUAAAAUAUUUCAAUUUGUGUAGAGUUACUCUCAAAAGUCUACACACCCUUGUUGAAACUUUUCCCGAGUUGGGCUUUUGCGACAUAAAAAAACAAGAAAGUGAUAUCCAACUUUCUUCAAAUACUGUGCUCUAAAGAUGCAACAAACAAGUACUUUGUCACAACAUUUUUGAUUCCGUUAGAGCGUAAAAUAUAUUAGGUAUGAGCGUGUCCACAUUGAACAUCUUCCACAGCCCACUUCAGCCGCUGAAGUGGGUUGUGGAAGAUGUUUAUGAAGUCUUUCUUUUGUUGAGCUGGAUGUAUGCUUCGACUUACUCUGAUUCUGAAAAAAUAAAUUCCUUCUUCAUAUUUGA